AUUCAUUGCCUGGUAUCUAUCUACCUAUACCCACGCCAUUGAAAGGAAUGAUGUGUACCUACCUGAGGAAUCGACUCUUUGUUGCGCAAGCUCUCAUAUAAAUCUAAUGCUUACCCCUCUUCCAUCCUUUUGUUCUCCAUCGUUCUCAAUUGCAAGUCAAUUCUCCUCAAUUGAUUAUAGCUUCUUAUUCAACUCAUAAAAUCAUUGUACAAUCUUCUCCUCAAAGUUUAAAGUAGAAAUCUAUCUCAAUAUGAAGUUCUCAAUCAUCCUUUUGGCUGCUGCUACGAUUAUCUCCGCGGCUGAAUUCCCGGGUCAGCCUGCUUGUGCAGUAUGUUCUCUUUAACUCCUUUCAUACUCAAUCCUAGUUCACUAACCACUGCCACAGAGUCCCUGCAUCACUCAAGCCAUCAGCCAAGGCACCAAUUGCGACAUUGAAGACUUAGCUUGCCAAUGUCAACCAUCCAAUUUGGCCGGCAUCUCCACCGCUAUAGUCCCCUGUAUCCUAGGCUCAUGCACUGCCCCUGGAGAGUUACAACAAGCUCAAGCUGCCCCAAAUCAAUGUGACAAUCUAGGAUCGUCCACCGCUACUACCAGUAGCGAAUCAUCUACUUCAGAAACAUCUUCGGCUUCUCCUGGUUCAUCUACUACUUCGGGUCCGGCUUCGACUACUGCUUCCGAUACCAGAACUACUGGUCCAACCACCACUUCUAGACCUACUAAUGGAACAUUCACAACAAGCCGACCGACUGCCACUAGUACAGCUGGAGAGGUCACACAAAAUGCUGCGCAUUCUGUUGGAUUGGCAGGUGUUGGUGGUAUGGUUGGUCUUCUUGCAGCUGUGGUUGCUGCUUUGUAGAUGGGUUUGUCUUUCAGAUUUGGGAUGCCAAUAUAUAGCAUUGGAUUUCUUUUGGUAUUUAUGUAAUGCUAUGGGCCAGAGAAUGGAGGAGGAUUUAGUACUUAUGGGACAUUUGGAUUUCUCUAAUCGCGUAUUGAAAAGGUAAUGGGGGUAGCUUUUGGAUGGGGAUAGGCAGUUCCAUGGGAACCAUCCUAGACACGGCAAGAUUUGGCAAACUUACGACAUUCCUUUACGACAAAAACUUCUUAUAUCUGUUAUGU